CGAUGCAGAUUCUGAAGCCAGCUGGUUUCAUAGACACAGCUCACUACCCCCUCCUGCUACUAGUGGACGGAACACCUGGUGGACAGAUGGUGACAGAGCAGUUCCGUGUGGACUGGGCCACGGUGCUGGUGAGCAGUUAUAGCACCAUUGUGAUCCGCUUUGACGGCCACGGGUCCGGGUUCCAGGGCACCAACCUCCUCCACCGCAUCAGGAGGAAACUGGGCGUGAUCGAGGAGAGGGACCAGAUGGAGGCCCUCAGACUGAUAUCGAAAGAAAUGUACAUCGACAAAAGUCGAAUUGGAGUAUAUGGAAAGGUUUAUGGAGGAUAUUUAGCCACCCUGCUUUUAAGUUCUGAAGAYUCCCUGCUUAAAUGUGGAGCAGCCGUCUCGCCCAUCACAGAUUUCAAGUUGUAUGCUUCAGCAUUUUCAGAGAGAUACCUUGGAUCACCAAAGACAGACUCUCGAGUAUACUCGGUGGCAAGUUUAGCACACCGGGCAGCUCACCUAAUGGACAGGAAGUACAUGAUCAUCCAUCCAACUGCUGAUGAGAAAGUCCAUUUCCAGCACUCUGCAAAAUUCAUCAACCAUUUAAUCAAUGAGAAGGCAAAUUACUCUCUACAGAUCUACCCAGAUGAGGGACACUUCCUGCAUAGCGAUGGCACACGGCAACACCUGAGCCAAUCACUAGUUAACUUCUUUGAGGAGUGUUUCCGACUGCCGGACUUACCYAGCGAGGACAAGAAGGACAAGYAGGAUGAGGGAGAUGUUUAAACCAGCUGACACGUGGUUAACACUCCAGCUACCACAGCACAAUAUGCAACAAAUCCUUCUCAACUCAUUUCCCUCACCCCUAGCCUGGCCCAGAUCUGUUUGUGCUGUCUUGCCAACUCUGAUGGUCAGCUGUGACAAUGCUCAUUUAGAGUUGGCAUUGGCAAGCCAGAUCUAGGAGCAGGCCAACCUACUCCACCCUCUGUAUAAUUUGGGCUCCUCUUUAGAGCACAGUACCUGCAUGUACCAAGGACCUCACACCUCGCUCUUCAUCUUUAUUCAUCACUUUUGGUUGGCUGACAACUGGACUGGCCAGCAAGACAUCUCCAUCAUGGAUGUUGACUUUGGUAAAUAAAAUAAAAAUGUCUUAGCAGUGAACAAGUUAUUUUUUGGGGACCAAUAAUCUGGUCACUGAAGAACCCUCUAGWAUCCCCCCUUGUGGACAGCUAAAGUAGUGAACCACCACUCCAACCGGCAUCUAUUGAGGGAUGCAUUUCCUCUCCCACCACACACACAAGUAAAUAUAUAGUGGGCAACGAACAUCAAGGGUUAUUUUCAUUGCAGUAAACAUGGAAGAGCUACCUGUUGUUGACUCCACCAGAGUUUGUGUCCAUGAUUCUGAUGUUAAAACAGCAGCACACAGAACAACUUAUUUCUCUUAAUUGCUAUUGGUAAUGUUCAAUUUCAGUAAGUAAUGUGGCUUUGAGUUAAUGUAUGGUGGUCACAUCGGCCCAUSAUUUCCUUUCCAAAUGAGUGAGGGUACAAAGUUAAAGUAAUACAUUUUUUCACUCCUGUCAUUUGGAGAGGCGCUCUAGUGUUAUGGAAGGGCACAAUUCAAUCCGUAGCGCUGAAGAUCUGUGCUAAAGUGCAACUUCUGAAUGUGGGAACAUUGCUUUAAAAUGACUGUAGUGCAGGUUCUUCAGUGCUACUGAUUGAGUCGAGUGCUUAGUCACUGUGCCUUACUACUGGGGGUAGACAUAUUCAUGUCAAGGACUAACAUUUCAUUUUUCAUCUAAGAAAGAUUUGGACAUUGGACAUAAUUUACUUGAGUUGAAUCAUUGCUCAGACCAGUCCAUAUGGUUGAAAAUGUAAUGCGAUUUUAUAACUCCCAUUAUAAAAGUGUACUAUUAUUCUUGUAUAAUAGGCACAAACCUGACAGUUCUGGCUGUUGUAACUACAUCAAAAGGAUCAUGAGGCAUAUUCAGUGUAGGUUUUAGAGAGUUAAUGUUUGGUUCUCUGUCAGCUCAUUUAAAUGAAGUGUUCAGUGGCUUGACCGUCUGUCCCCAUGACCUCACUUCUGUUAGUUGUCAGCUGUUUUACAAAAUGUUGAAAAAAGUCUAACUAGAACUGUGUGUGUGUGUGACUUGUACAUAAAGCAUUUUCAAAUUUA